GGAGCAUCCCAUUCCCAUAAUCCCAUCAUAGAAGAUGCUAGAAAAACUCAUAUGCUUUUCAAAUACACUUUCCAAUAUUCGAUUCGAUUGAAAGAAAACUUAAAAGCCCAAUAAGCUUUCAUGUAAAACAUCCAAAGCAGUCAUAGCUCUCUCGAGAUGGGCAUCAGAGAAGUUGAAGUCGCAGGCAAUACAGUAACGAUUCAUGAGGCCGACGACGUCUAUGACCCAGUCACAGGACGAGCUCUCACCGGGUCCUGGGUCUGGGACUCGGCUUUCAUCCUGUCAGAGUGGAUGGUUCACCAUGGCCGACUUGAUUUCGACCUCCACGGUCGAACCGUGGUCGAACUCGGUGCCGGAACCGGGCUUCCCGGUCUAACAGCAGCUUUACUCGGUGCCAACCAUGUGGUUCUCACCGACGUUGCCCAACUUCUCCCUGGGCUGCAGAAGAACGUCGAAGCCAACUCACUCGGGGACCGAGUAGAGGUUAGGGAAUUACUUUGGGGAUUGGACGAUUUGAGGACGAGUGGAGUCGGUGAGUUGGAGGAUGUGGACUUGGUGUUGAUGUCUGAUGUGUUCUUUGACGCGUCGGAGAUGAGAGCGCUGGCGAAGACGUUGAAGAGGCUAUGUGGGAGGGAGACAAGAGUCUGGUCUGCCAGUGAGGUUAGAGAGUGGAUUGAAGAGAGCCUGGAGGAGUUGAGGCGGGAAGGGUUCAGAGUGGUGGAGCUUCCGAGUCAACAACUAGUUUUGUCCUCAUCGGCGGCGGCAAUGGCAACUGAGGAAUCACCGUCGUUUGCUAUUUUUGUUCUUGUGCCACCGAGCUGUGACUCAGGACCUGAAACGGACACUACUGAAGUUGACACGUAGGAUCAUCGCUUGUAUACAUCUAAUGUUGUAUGACAGGUUGAAUCAAUCGAUGCCUCGUGGCUUCAUGAUCGAUUGGUUGCAUGAUGAUAAGGUCCCAUUCCUGGGCCUUUCCUUUCGCUUUCUUCAUUUUUCUCUUUUCAAUGAUGCUAUAGUAGCCUUGACGUGGAUAGUUUUGUCUGAUCGCCAUGAAAAUUCAACCUUUUCUCUC